GAGCAACGCAGUAUUCCAGGUGGAAUCACAGAGAUUUAUCACCUCCCUCAACUGUGACCGCCACCUUAUGAGGUUCCGGUUCUGUGGUGAUCUGGACUGUCGCGACCGGGUCCUGGCUGAGAUCAUCAUGCUGGCCAAGAUGGUUGAAAACAUCCUGAAGCUCAAGGCUGAUGCCAAGUUUGAGUCAGGCGAUGUGAAGGCCACAGUGGCAGUGCUGAGUUUCAUCCUCUCCAGUGCGGCCAAGCACAGUGUCGAUGGCGGAUGCUUGUCCAGUGAACUGCAGCGGCUGGGGCUGCCCAAAGAGCACGCGGCCAGCGUGCGCCACUCUUAUGAGGAGAAGCAGAGCCCCUUGCAGAAGCACUUGGGGUCUGCAACCUACGCAAGUGUGGUCCCUGGCAGCACGAGUGGGAGAAGGGACAGCAGAGACUGUGGACCCCUCAGCUGCACCUAA